UUUCAGGCUCAACUCCAGCAGAAGGACAGCAGCACAAUGGCAGUCGUGCACGGAAACCUCGGGAAUGGACAUUUAAAACAAUUCCAGCUUUUUCCAAACGCGGAUAUGGAGAGGAGGACGGGCAUGCACACAUCAGAUUAUGUGCUUCAGGACAGGAUGAAGUUCCUGGAUGGUGCCUCCAGGGCAGACAACGUCAGUUUGUUUACACACCGCAGAAAACGCACAAACUUCACGCAGCAGCAGAUCGACGUGCUGGAGAAAGUUUACCUGGACACCAAAUACCCUGAUAUUUAUUUACGAGAGAAGCUUGAGGCACUCACCGGCUUGCCAGAAUCGAGAAUUCAGGUCUGGUUCCAGAACCGAAGGGCGAAGUCUCGGCGCCAGGUGGGAAUUUCAAUCCCAAACAAGACGAGCGGAAACAUCCUGACCCCCAACAAUCUCCUUAUGCACCAGUUUACCACACAUCAGAACCACAGCGGCCUGGAGAACUUACAAAGAACCUCAACAUUUACAGCAGACAGCUUCCAUCAGCAGCUCAUCAACUCUUCAGAGGAGAAAAUCAGCACCAUUAAAGGUGACAUAUACGACCCAACCACCAUCCCAUGCAUGUUCAGCAGAACCCAGGAGAAUCCCAUCAAAACUGAUCACCUGAGUGUGGUGGUGCCGCGCAGUUACACACAGCAGUACCCAAAGGAACACGAACAGUUCACACAUUCAGCAAACCACGCUAAAUCAACAAUGAAGCAGUUUUUGGUGGAGUAUGACAACUUCCCUCCUAACAAGACCAUCGGGCCGGAGAUGAAGGUGGUCAUUCCUCCUCUGCCAUCUCAGAGUAACUUCAUGAUGUCUUCAUCAUCCCCUAAACACAUCGCCUGUUCUGUACAAAACAUGUCGGUGCAGACACAACCAGAGCUUUUUGCUACUUUUUCUCCAAUCAGAGCAAGCGAAGCCGUCGAGUUCUCCGAUUCUGACUCUGAUUGGGAAAGAGACGCCAUGUCUGGUUUUAAUGGCUUCAUUUAGUCUUUGAGGGAGAAAAAGAACUUAGACAGAUUGAAAAAAGAAAAGACAAUUCUGUUAUUAAGAAAUCACCUUCAUGUUACUCCAUAUCCGAGACAUUUGUUCAUCUUCAGGACACACAUGAAGAUAUUUUAGAUGAAAUCGGAGAGCUCUCUUAUCCUUCAUUGACAGCAACGGUCAUUUAAAAUACAGAAAAGGAACCAAAAAGUUGACAAAACUUUCAGUGCAUCAACUGUAAUCAUACAGAGUAGAGCUGAACAAUAUAUUGUUCCAGCAUCGAAAUCUCAAUUUGCGCAUCUGCAUUAGUCAUAGGGUUACAUUUGGAAACACUCAUAGUUUGUCACAACUAUUAACCAUCAACUGACCAAACCAUUAAUUAUCUGUGUUUUAGGGCCUGUGACUGUGUGAGCAUUUGGUUAAAGUCAGUUUAAAGCAGGCAUGUCCAAACUUGGUCCUAGAGGGUCGGUGUCCUGCAAAGUUUAGUUCCAACCCCAAUCAGACACACGUGGGCUAGCUGAUCAAGCUCUUACUAGGCUUUCUAGAAACAUCCUUGCAGGUGUGUUGAGGCAAAUUGAAGCUAAAAUCUGCAGGACACCGGCCCUCCUGGACAGAGUGUAGACACCCAUGGUUUAAAGUAUUUGGGUAUUAAAAAAAAAUUUCUAACUUUAAGAAUGAUUAAUUGUACAUAUGCAAAGACAAAUACAGCGUUAUUUUACAUUUAAUUAUUACAUUUGUGUAUCUGAAUAUUGCUGGACUUCCAGAAAAUCAAGCACUGCAUUUUAUUUGUACAGUAUUGUUGCUUUGCUGCAUUUAUCAGUGUUUAUACAGAUGCUUUCCAUUAUAAAAUCUUUCCAAUGUAUUUAAAAUAAUGAUGUCUUUCCAAAUAGACCUGUUUAUUUCAUAUGUUGAAAUUACAACAUAAACAACAUCUCAAUAUAUAUCGUAGAAAAACAAUCAUAAUGUCAGUUUUUCCCCAGUAUCAUGCAGCCUUAACAUGACGCUCCAAGAACACUUUUGAGUGGGGAAAAAUAUCAACUUUGUUUGCUAAUGUCUCAUCCAUCACAGGUCAGUAUGUGUUUACUAGGCAAGCAUUGUAAUGACCGUAGUAAAUGGGCAACUCUGACCUGAUGUGGAAAACAUAGGAAAACAGUGUUGUUACAAAAAAAAAAAAAAAAGUGUAUUUUUUUUUUUUUUUUUUUUGCUGCUCUAAUGUUCACUGCAUUUCAUAUGAUUACAGUUGAACCACUGAAGUCACAUGAACAAUGUUUUUGGUUCCAUUUCUGGACUUUGAACAUCUUUGGACCAUUGCUGUCUAUUUAAAGAGGAUGAGAGAGCUCCAGGAUUUCAUCUAAAAUAUUUGUCAUUUGUGUUCUGAAGAUGAUCUAAACUCUCAGGAGGGUUAUAACAAGAUGAGGUUGCGAAAUAAAUAAUAAAAUGUUCAUUUUUGGGUAAACUAAACACAAAGGCUUUUAAGAACAUCUAACAACUGAAAAAUAAUCAGAUAUUUAUUGUAAAUUUCAGAUGUUAUUGUAUAUUGUUGCGUGUGAUUAUGGCACAGUUUUGAAUAUGGAGACAUUGUACAUUCAUAAUAAAAAAA